AUGUAUUCAACGAAGACAGUGGAACGAACGAUUGAAGACCCAACAAAAUCAAUGUUGUGCAAGGUACAAUUGGAACAUUCAGACUACACUCCUCCACCUCCUGACAGACCAUGGAUUUCUUGUGACAUUGAAAUGAAACCGGGACCAUAUUGCAUUUUUUCGGUGAUGAGCUACAAUACGCUCAGUAGUUCGUACGCAUCCCCGCAAAGAUACCCUUAUUGUCUCGAGGAUUGCUUGAACUGGGAAACCCGUGGGCAGAGUAUCAUCAACGAAAUAGAAUACUAUAACUGCGAUGUGCUCUGUCUCCAGGAGGUGGAAAAUAAAGUAUUCCAUGAAUACUUAUUACCCGCCUUAGAGACUCUGGGGUACAGUGGCGUUUUUGCCCCCAAAUCUCGGGCAAAAACCAUGUCAUCUGCAAAACAGAGGCUCGUGGACGGGUGCGCGAUAUUCUGGAAGACCGAAAAAUUCACGCUGAUAGCCCAUGAACUCAUUGAGUUCAAUCUAUUAGCUAUGGAAAACCAUGCAGGUUGUGAUGACAUGCUUAAUAGAGUUGCGCUUCGUGACAACAUUGGGUUAUUUGGGCUGCUGAAAACAACCGCAGCAGCAUGGAACGACGGUCUUCCAGAAAAUUCAUGGGAUGUGGAGCAGCUGGUGUUGAUCACAACUACCCAUUUACAUUGGAAUCCUGCUUUCUGUGAUGUUAAAUUAUUGCAGACAUUUCUGCUCACCUCAGAAAUUAACAAGAUGUUAGAAAAAGCGUGUAUCUUAUCAGGCAAAGAUAACAUCGCUUCUUCCGAUAUUAAGUUGAUAGUCUGUGGUGAUUUCAACUCGAAAACGGAUUCUGGUGUAUAUGAGUUUUUAGUAACGGGCCAACUAGCUGCAGAUCAUCCGGAUUUCCGAAAUCUGAAUUAUAGAGAUGCUGUUAGUAAGAUUUUUGGAAAUCCGAAAUCUACCGACACAAUACAGAGUAAUCUGAAUCUUUUAUCGGCCUGCAAUGAAAUGGACAUGCUGUUUACGAACUAUACAUAUUAUUUCAAGGCCGUCAUAGAUUUCAUUUUUUAUAGACCAUCGAAUAUUCAACCAAUAGGAUUCUAUGGUAUGAUGGAUGUUCAAUGGUUUAUUGAAAAUGGUAUUGUGGGUUGUCCAAAUCGGUACAUCCCAUCGGAUCACCUUCCUGUUAUAGCAGCUUUCAAGAUAGUGUAGUUGUUAAAAUACUUUUAAAACCUAGUUUAUAUUGAGAAUUAUUUAGUUUAUAGAAAACCACUAGAAUUAACAAUA